AUGGCGUACAAGUAUCGGUUAGCAUGGCUGGCCUUUUUGGCCAUCAAUGUGGCCCAGGUUUUUUCAUCCGUCCAAGACAUGGAAUUUACCUUCUUGUUACCGGCAGGCAGCAAAGAGUGCUUUUACCAGACCAUAGACGAGGACAACAGCCUGGAAUUUGAAUACCAAGUGAUCGGCCAAGCCAAUCAGGACGUCAGCUUCGUCAUGAUUUCGCCCAGCGGCCGUCGAGAGUUUGACGACAAGAGAACAAAUCACGCUGUCCACAAGGUAGAGCACACAGAUAAAGGCGACUACCAGCUGUGUUUUGACAACAGCUACAGCAAGCUGAAGGAGAAGUUGUUGUUCUUCACGCUGCUCAUCACCGACAACGUCAAUGUAGAAGAAGAUUGGGCGGACGCAAUAAUCACUAACGACACCUUGGAGGACAAGCUCAUCGACUUUAAGACCCGCCUGGAUGCGUUGCACCUGAAAAUCCAGAGGGGGCGCGUAAUCCAGUUGAUGCUGAGGACCUUCGACACCCGGGACCAACUCCUGCAGGACAACAACCUAUGGCGGGUCAGCUUCUGGUCGGUCAUCAGCGUCUGUGUCAUCAUCGGAGUGGCCGUCGCUCAGGUUAACAUUUUGCAGUCACUCUUUCCUGAAAGCUAG